AAUUCUGCAAGUGGUUCUGAUUUACUAUCGCUGUUCUCUAGCUGGUCUAAAACCGCUUUUGACCUAAAGGGACGCUUUUUGGACGCCAUGGACUUUUCUCAGUUUUUUCCAGGCAAUAAGAACAGUAAAAAUGCAGGCAGGGCACAGGACAAAGCACUCGGGACAAAAUUAAUGUUAUAUACUAUGUGAUUUUAGUGAAUGUCACUUUUUGUCAUUUUCAAAUUUCCCGCCGUUCCGUCCCCCUGUGCGUCCGACGCUUGCAGGGGACGGAACCCAGAUGACAGAUGCUGGCAUCCGCCGGAUUACAUUGCCAGGGACACUGAAGGAGGGACA